AGCUUCCGGCGUUCUUUCUUUCCGCCGUCGACUCUUGAGCUGAGCAGGUUAACUGGUCUGCCUGACGAAUCAUCCGAGGACCGAGGGACGUUGAAGCCAUGGACAAACCAAUUGUCUGGGCACGUGUCGUGAAGGUGCUCGGUCGCACCGGCUCCCAGGGACAGUGCACCCAAGUGAAGGUGGAGUUCCUUGGCGAACAGAAUCGCCAGAUCAUCCGCAAUGUCAAGGGACCCGUGCGCGAGGGCGACAUUUUGACGCUGCUCGAAUCGGAGCGCGAGGCUCGUCGUUUGCGUUAGGAGGAGUGGAGCAGAAAAUUUAACUUCAUCACAGCCGCUUGUUUGGAAUUAGGACUUAAACGAUCACUCAAUAGUAAUUAAGUAUAUGCAUUUUUGCGCAAGAAGUUUUCGCGAGGCUUCUUGGUGAAUGCAUGCAUAUAGAGCUCCCAAAAAAGAAAAACGUGAAUAACAUAGAAAUUAGUUUACAUCAGAUUUUCAUGCUUAAAGCUGCAUAAGGGCUUACAACAAUCUAUCACACACAAAGCUGCAUAAUGGCUUACAAUAAUCUAUCACACGCAAAGCUGCAUAAGGGCUUACAAUAAUCUAUCACACUUGAGGCUGCAUAAUGGCUAAAACAAUAAUUUGUAAUAAUGGUGAAGGUGAUUCGGAGUGCCUGAUUUGCUGAAAAGGUUUUGGCGAACAUAUGAAAAACAACAAACACUUUGAGGAUACUGGACGAUGGAUUUCAAAAAUGUUUUACUACAAUCGAUAUAUACAAUAGCUAUACUUUAAUAUGUGUAGAUUCGCACAAGAGCUUCGGGGAUACCUCUAGGCGAAUAUAUACAUAUACAACAACAACAAAACAUCUAUACUAUGUGUACAUUCGCGCAAGAAGUUUUGGCCAGCCUUCUUGGCGAAUAUAUGCAUACAUAUAAUAAAAAUAUACAUAGAAGUAGGCAGAAUAAUUAAUGCUAGUUUAGUAUGUACUUAGUUUUUUAGGAAGUAGUAUCUAGAAUUUUGAACGGACACACAUAGAGAUAACACAUAGAAAGAUAACGUAUGGAGAUUAUAACACACAAUUCUACUUUGGGCUGCAUAAUGGCUUUAUAUUUCUAAAGUACUUUAGAUACACAAAAAUAUGUAAUACUUAAAGCUGCAUAAUGGCUAAAUCGAAAAUACCUUAAGCUGCAUAAUGGCUAAAUAAUCAAAAAUACUUCAAGCUGCAUAAUGGCUAAAUAAUCGAAAAUACAUCAAGCUGCAUAAUGGCUUAAAAUUAUAUUUA